AUGAAGUCGUCUAAACAAGAUAUUCAUCGACAAAUUCGUAGUGAAUUUCCAUAUAAAGAUGAACAACUGACACAAGUUGUUAUUUAUGGGAAAUAUUGGGGUCGUUUUAAUGGAUUACAAAUUGGUUUUCGUCAACCUAAAGUUGAACAGAAUUUAUCUGGAAUUAUUUCUGCCUAUUCAACAGAUGAUCGUUAUAAUAAUGAUAUUCAUUAUCAUGGUGGAUGUUUAGCAGCACAAGAAGAUAAAUAUUGGCGUCAUGGAAGUAUAUCUGAAGAUUAUUCGAAGAUUUUAUGUCCAGUUUUAUUAAUUGGAGGAUUUUCGAAUCUUUAUAAUUCGUCGAUUUUUCGUUUAAUUAAUCAGUUGGAAUGUCCAAAACGUGCUAUUUUAGGUCCAUGGCGACAUCAAUGGCCAGAUGAUGAUUAUCCAGGACCACAAAUUGGAUUUUUACAAGAACUAGUUCAAUGGUUUGAUUAUUAUAUAAAAAAUCCUAAAAAGGUUUCAUUUUUAUCUCCUCAAGAAACAGGUUUAUCAAGUGGAAAUUUACUUGGAUGGGGAAUUAUUUACAGUCUUGGCCAUCCAAUAGAUCAACAAGAAGAUGAUGGAAGAUCAUUAUGUUUUGAAUCUCUUCCGUUAAAUCAAGAUUAUGAAUUAUUUGGAUUUCCAAAUGUUAAACUUAAUUUAAGUUCUAAUAGUAAAAAUGGUUUAAUAUGUGUUCGUCUCUGUAUGAUUGAGGAAAACAGUUCAUCUUCAAUUCUUAUUUCACGUGGAAUUCUUAAUUUAACACUUUAUGCAUCACAUGAACAUUCUCAACAACUAAAUGUUGAUGAAAUUUAUAAUAACAUUAUCUGGUGUGUGUGUGUAUGUUUGCCAUCUGGAUGUCGUCUUCGUUUAUCUUUAUCAACAUCAUAUUGGCCAAUUGUUUGGCCUUCAUCGCAACUAUCAACAUUAACAAUUCAUUUUAAUGAAAUAUCACCAUAUAUUCUUACAUUACCUUGCUUAAAUGACCAAUACUCUAUCACUCGUUUUAGAAUGUUAGAUGAAAUCAAUGAAUUAAUAACAUUAAAAAUCAAUGACGAUAAUGGUUCUAUUGAAUAUCCCGAUGGUUUAAUAUGGAAUGAAACAUCAGAAAGUAUUUAUGAAAUUAAAAAAAAAUGA